UUGGCUCGCCAGGUCAGUGUCAAUCAUUAACAUUUUUGAGGGGGUCAAGAAUCCAUUUUUAAAUUUGUCAUGAUGAUCAACAAUGAAUCAUCUGACUUUCUAAGUCAAUCCAACCCACUAGACAGGAGUGGAAAAAUUGUUCUGUUCAAGGCAGAAGUAGCUCUAAAUCGCUUUAUCACGUUAAGUCCACAAAUUCAAUCGAAUAUGUUCUAUUCAAGGGAGAAUUUUCUUUUUCUGUUUCCUAAUAAUCGAUACUGCUUCAUGGGAUAUCCUAUUUCAAUCUCCUAUUAAUUUGUUGAUCUUUUGAUUGAAUCGAAAGGGUCUCUGGAUUGAACCCUGAAUCCUUUCAAUUGGCUAAAGGGUUUUAAUGUGAAUUGGUUUGGGGUAUUUUGCUAUUCUCAGACUGCACAAUCCGUGUUUGAUAAAAUUACUCAUCUAGAUGUAGUUCUGUUUUAGUAUGUUUUAACAUUAUGAUAUCAGAGGUAGUUAGGAAAAUAAAAAUUAAUGACUCAAUUAGUUGUCUAGUUGAGGGCAUAAAUUUGAGUUGGAUGAUGGGGUAUCCAACUAAGGGUAUCUGGGUAUGUGCCGCUCCAUUACGUUUCUUAUUGUUUCCUUAUCCCUAAUGCCCGAUUAAGAUACUGUCUAAUUUUUGUUGAUUGUUGUCUAAUGUGGAUGUCACAAAUAUGGUUGUGUAGAAUUUUUUUCAAGUGCUAAUGCAGUAGGGAAGUUAACAUCAGUGAUAUGGAUUAACGUGUAACAGGUUAAGUAAGAUGAAAUGCAUAAUUAUCUCAUAACAAAUGAUAUAUUCUCUUUUGGGUGUUCAAUAUAUUGAAUGUCAAAGUAAACCAUUUGUGUUAUGAAAUUUCCCAUUUUAUCAACUAUGUCUGACUCUGCGUGCUUAAUUUGGUCAAAAACUACAAUGGAGCACAUCUCCAAGAGUUGAAAAAAGGAGAACGAGAAUACAAGAUGGAGAAGAAGAGAAGUCGUAAAAGGAUGACUAUCCAGAACGUUUUGAAAUCAAAGAGUAAAUGUGAAAUUCCCUCAGAGAUGCAAAUGUGCAUGGUGAACAGGAUCCCCUCAGAAAUUCUCAUGGAAAUACUUUCUCGCUUACCAACUGAUUCAAUCUUGCAGUGUAGACAAGUAUGCCGACCAUGGGAAAAUAUUACUCAUCAUCCUUCCUUUGCUGAUAUGCAUCCACAUCAACUUUUGCAUCUGAAUGGUAAAAGUUACUCAUGUCAUUCUUCUGUUAUUGGUGCUAUGGUCGAUGUUGGUUUGCUUUUUUGCUUUCGGUUUCCACGUGAACUUGGCUUCCAACUUUACUAUGGUGAGUAUGGCAGUCAACCAAAUAGGAAGCUUAGAAGGAUCAACCAGCCUUCCAUGAACUAUCACUCAAUUGUUGGUUCAUGUAACGGGUUGAUUUGCUUUUCUGAAAUGAAUUUAUCUACUUCUGUGAAGUUUGAACCUGUCUGCAUUUGUAAUCCUAUCACUAGAGAAUACGUGAACCUUGCAAGACUGCUAGAAGUGAAAGGUGAAAAUAAGUUAGAUUCUAUGGUGUGUGAUUUCGGUUACCAUCAUUCUAUCGAGAAGUACAAAAUUGUAAAAAUCAAUUAUAUUGAGGGCAAACCCCUUGGGCAAGUCCAGGUAUAUACACUUGGCGAUGGCAGUGGUUGGAGUGACGUAGGAGAAACCAACUACUCACUGCAAUUCAGUAAAGAUACUUGGAGAGGUGCCUCUUAUCGCCGUUCCCCCUUAGGGGCAUUUGCAAAUGGAGCGAGGGUCAUUGGCUUAACAAGGAUCUGAAGAUUGUGUCCUUCGAUUUGGCGUCGGAGAAGUUCUACUUGCUCUCAUCACCACCUGUUGUCCAUGUUGUAAAUGUGUGGAACCUCUUUCAACUUCAAGUAUUGGGAGGAUGCCUGUGUUUUGUUCAUCAAAAGCUAGAUGAAUUCUUAGAUAUAUGGUUCUUAAGGAAGAAAGGGGAAAGCAGUAGUUCUGAUGUAAAUGAGCAGGAGGACGACUUAUGGACUUGGAUUAAGGAGUUCAGUAUACCAAUUGGAGGGAGUGCAGAGCCAUUGGCCCUUACAAAAAGUGGUGAAGUUCUAUUGCGGUACAAGUCUAAUCUCUAUCGUUAUGAUCCAGUAAUUGCAGACCUGGAAAAGCUUUUGGAGAAAGGAUUUGGUGCUCGUUUCGAUUUUUGUUGUGCAGUUCCUCACAUGAACAGUUUUGUUUCCCUGAAAGCUCUUGGAGAAAGGUGUAGGCGCAGAAAACGAUACGAUGCUAAUCCAUCAACCAAGGAGUUUUUCUAUGACACGGCAAAAGAAGCCUAGUGGAGAAAUUGAUGCAUGAAAUGUUUCAAUGGAUUUUAGUUGCAGGCUUUCCGGAAAUCAUACGAUUUGCACCACGUUUUUGUUGUUGCAUGAAAUAUUAUAUUCUCUUUUCUGUUUCAAGUUGAGGUGAGCCACUAAAUUCUGAUUCUGUAAGUUACUUGUCACAAGCAGUUCUUGGUAGACAAAAUUGGAUAUUUCAUAUUCAUU